UAUGAAUUCGGUAAGACGUCAGAAAAAGUGUUCCAGUUACCAACUAAGAGUUUCGCGCGAAAUUUGUGUACAAAAGUUGAUCGCGGCAAAUUUGAUGCGGUUCGGUUCAAACGUAAUUCAUUGAUAAAGAAGUAAGCUUGACAGUUAACAUUCAGCAGGGCUCGACCAGUUCUCAACGACUUCAACAUGAUGGCCAAGUUGGUCGAAGGGAGUACGACUGGUUCCAUCAGCGCUGGUAGCGUACAUGACAUCCACACUGAUGUUGUUGAAAUUCCGUGCACGCCCAUCAACGUCAGGAAACGAAAAAGACGCUCCUUUCCAGAGAGUCCGGACGGACCCACAGGAGAGAUCAAAGCAGAGAUUGCGAAGCUGCUCACUUACGUACCAAAGAUUGACGACAUUUUCAAAAUCACCAAUAAAAUUGGUGAAGGAACGUUCAGCUCUGUCUAUCUGGCCGAGGUGAAAUGUUGCGGCCCGGACAUCAAACAGCAGUUUGCACUGAAACACAUCAUUCCGACGAGCCACCCAGAGAGGAUCAUGGGAGAAUUGCAGUGCCUUCACAAGAUUGGAGGAAUAGAGAAUGUCAUGGGUAUGCAGUUGAGUCUACGGGAGCAAGACCACGUCGUGAUUGUGAUGCCGUAUUUUCCCCACGACAGUUUUCAUUUAUUUGUGCGGAAAAUGAAGAUUGCUGAAAUACGCGAGUACAUGCGCAAUCUGCUACUCGCUCUGCGUAGAGUGCAUCAGUUUCACGUGAUCCACCGUGACGUCAAACCAAGUAACUUCUUGUGCAAUCGACGACUUCAAAAGUAUGCCCUAGUAGACUUUGGCCUAGCUCAGAAGGUCCCUGCAUCGCCAACAAAACCAAGAGCUCACAGUCAUCCGUCGACACAGUUGAAGUCAUUGCCAACGACAACACAAAAACCUCAAAGGACCUUACCUGCUGUGCCAAAACAGAUAGCGAAGGAAAAUAAAGAAGUGAGCAAGGAUUCGGUCCCACGACUAGCUGAGCUUGACCCAAACACCUUCAAACGUGAGAAACCCGAAAAACCUAAAGGUGUACCCUUCAUGAAGACCUUCCAGUUACCGAAGAGUUUCAACCAGCGGAUUCACGGACCCAAGAAACCCACGCCCAGCAUCACCAGGCCAGCACAUCAGAAGCAGGCAGGGGCCGUGAGGCUGAGCUCUAGCCGAGCCCCGGCGGCCAAGACCUGCGGUUGCUUCGGUUUGCUUCAGGUCUGUAAGGUCUGCACGUCGCGGAGCGGCCAGGCCGCGCCCAGGGCGGGCACUCCAGGGUUCAGAUCGCCAGAGGUACUGCUGAAAUGUCCGGAUCAGACAACAGCUGUUGAUAUGUGGGCGGCGGGGGUUAUACUCCUGUCCAUCCUGAGUGGCCGGUAUCCGUUCUUCAAGGCGCAGGACGACAUGACGGCACUGGCACAGAUCAUGAGCAUAGUGGGUACAGAGGAAAUGAAGAAAGCUGCCAGAGAAUAUGGUAAGGAGAUUACCUCCAGCGUGAAGCUUCCAGCGAUAGAUUUAAAGAAGAUGUGUAUUCAACUCAAGAAGGGAGAUGCUGGUUUCUCACCACCGUCCAGUAAGAAGAGCAAGGUUAUUACGCCAGAGAACGAUAAAGCGCCACACAGGAACACUCGAAGGCGUAGCCUGGACAGUCAGCGUCAGACAUCCCCGGACGGAACCCCCGACACUUCCCCCGCCACUGCAUGCAGGAAGAGGCGCUCCUCACGAAGCCCGCCCUCUAGAGUCCAGAAACAGACAGGGAAGGACUGCGUGCCGGACUCGGCGUACGACUUGCUGCGGCGACUUCUGGACUUGAAUCCUAAGACAAGGAUAAAAGCUGACGAGGCACUCAAACAUCCAUUUAUAGUCGAAUGCUGAUUAGGUUUUUUUUUUUUUAAAUUGAAAGUUUUGGACCAUUCCGAGUUUGAACAUUCCUUACUAGGUCCCUUGGACUGUUAGUUAUUGCAUUCAAGUCUAGUGCACUUUUUCAAAUGAAUAAUACGAUUGGGUAAACAUUGAUAAUUUUUUGUUAGAAUGAUAUACUGUAAUUCACAAGUCAUUUUAAAAUGCUUCGCUAGGAAGUCAGAACGGCGUUUUUUAAAUGCAGAUACCAAAUGUUUUGUACAGUGUUUAAUAAAGAACUUUUAAUUUUAUAAAGAAUGCA